AUGAGCGAGAUGCCGAAGUAUGAUGCAUCUGCCCCCGGUGAGCAGCAGCAGCGGGCCUCCAGCUCAGACGCUCCUGAUAAAAACAAAUACGCUGAUCCAUUACAUGUUGAAUACAAUGAAACGGAGAUAGUGAGGACGUCAUCCACAACGCACGUUGCUGCACCGGCGUUUCUCCAAGCACAGCAGCAACAGCCACGUGAGGCGUGUACGGCUGAAGACACAAAUGUGACGCAUACACCGGAAGCAGGGCUCCAAGUUUCCUCUGGCAUAGAGCGGGGGAGUUGUAGGGAGUCUAUGAAGCCACAGUAUUCGACAGAUUUUCUCUCGGCCAACGAUUCAUCGACGGAAUUUGACAAUAAUAAAAAAUCCAUCACAGUGGAGGUCACAUCUGACGGUGUCACGCGUAUGAUGGAGUUUGAACCACGGGAGCUUGCUCGGUUGUACGCGCAGCAACAGGCCGCCCUUCGCUCGGUUUGUGGAGAGUUUGAUAUUUUAUACGUCCCAGAUUGGGUUCGCCUGCACCCGUUGCUAGGGUCCUACGUGGCAGAGGCAUUUGGAACGUUUGCCUGCGUCCUUACCCUUUCGCUCGUCAGCGUUCGUAACCAAAGUAUUUUUGAUGAGAGCAAAGACACCAACGUGACAGCGCUUCCGAUUGGAUUUAUGUUCAUGUGCAUGGUGUUUACUUUUGGCUACAUUUCAGGUGGUCACUUCAACCCUGCUGUUACGCUGGCUGUCUUUCUCGUACAAAAGUUGGAUUUUGUACGAGCUGUGGGGUACAUGAUUUGUCAAACGGGGGCGGCCACGGGCGCUGGACUUGUGGCGAUGGCUAUACAAGGGAGUACUGACAUAUUUGUGCCGUAUGUGAAUAGAGCAUACGUCUCCUCUGGCAUAUUCUCAGAACUCAUCUUUACCUUCGCUAUUGCCACGGUGGUGCUGAAUGUGGCGUACUCCCGGCAGAGCGGAAACUUUUUCUACGGGUUUGCCAUUGGAAUGACGGUUGCCGCCGGUUCUGCAGCUGUUGGACGAAUUUCUGGUGGGGCCUUCAACCCUGCCGCCGCCACAGGCCUUCAGCUGGCGCUCUGCCUUACCGGGAACUGCGAACCCUUGUCGUCCUUCUGGGUCUACUGGAUGGCACCGCUGGUCGGCUCUGUGAUUGCCGCCUUGCUGUACUCGCAGAUUUCGCAGCCGGAAGACACGCGGGUCCUCACAGACGCGGCAGUGCUGUCGGAGGAUCCACUCGCAAACAAGGCGUCCCAGGUGUCUUAG